AAAAAAGCCUCGAUCGUACUAACAGAGAUGGAGGCUUUAAACGUGUUUCUCAUAAUUCUAAUCGUAGGCUCGUGCUUUUGUCAAGAUGAUAGUCCUAAAGUAUCGACUCCCCUUGGAAAAAUUAAGGGUCAUUAUAAAAUCUCUAACCAAGGAAAGCAGUUUGAAGCUUAUGAAGGAAUUCCAUAUGCUUUGCCACCGAUAGCCGAAAGAAGAUUUCAACCACCUGUACCCGUAAAACCUUGGAAGAAUGAACUUAUCGCUAAUAAUUCAAACUAUAGUUGCAUGCAACACAGACGAGUUCCCAACGCUCAGGGUGAUUUUGUUAGUGGAGAUGAAGAUUGUCUUUAUUUAAACAUCUAUGUGCCUAUCAGAAAAACCAACGAGAGUUUGCCAAUCAUAUUUUGGAUCCACGGUGGUGCUUUUCAAUAUGGUACAGGUCUUAGGUUUGGACCCAAAUACCUGACGGACUACAAUGUAAUUUUAGUGACAAUAAAUUAUCGCCUUGGAGUUCUCGGAUUUUUAAGUACCGAAGAUCAAGUGGUUUCAGGAAAUAUGGGCUUAAAGGAUCAGAGUGUUGCCUUACGUUGGAUAAGUGAUAAUAUCAAAUACUUCGGAGGUGAUCCUAAAAAGGUCACCCUUACUGGAUUAAGCGCAGGAGGUGCUAGUGUUCACUAUCAUUAUUUAUCUCCUAUGAGCGCCGGAUUGUUUAGUAGUGGGAUUUCGCACAGUGGCACUUCUUUCAACUGCUGGACGCAAACUGAAAAUUCUCGAGAAAAGGCGUUACUUGCUGAACUAGUCAAUUGUCCUACAUUCGAUAUACGCGAGAUGAUUAAGUGUUUCCAAAAUCGACCCGCUAGAAUACUAGUAACAGCGGAAGCUGAAUUCAUGCCUUGGAGAUUAAAUCCAUUCACUCCAUUCGGUCCGGUAGCCGAAAGAGAUGCUGUAAACCCAUUUAUCGAUCGUUCGCCAAUUGAAAUAAUAAAUAGCGGUGAUGUGCAAGAUCUGCCAUGGGUCACUGGCAUAACAAGCGAAGAAGGACUCUAUCCUGUUGCAGAAUUUGCUUUAAAUGACGAAGUAUUAAAGGAAUUAGACAAGGAUUGGGAAUCAAUAGCUCCAUAUCUACUAGACUACUAUUAUACAAUACCAAAGUAUGAGCAUGCGUAUGUUGCUCGAGUAAUUCGUGAGCAUUACUUCGGUAAUAAGACUAUAAACAAGGAAAAUGUAUCGACGCUCAUACAAUUAGUUGGUGACAGAAUAUUUGGUGCGGAUGCUGAAAAAGCUGCAAGAGCGCAAGCCUAUGUUAAUAAAAAUCCAGUUUGGUUCUUCUAUUAUUCUCACAGAGCAUCUCAUAGUGUGAGCGAUUCUUUGUCUAACAGUUCAAAGAAUUUAGGUGUAUGUCACGGGGAUGAUACCUCGCUUAUUCUUGAAAAUCGCCAUAUAAUACCAACGAGAAAACCUGAUAUUGAUAUGCAGAAAGAUUUGAUCAAGUUUUGGGUUACAGUUGCACGCACAGGGAUACCUAAGUUUGGACCGAAAUGGCUCCAAGUUAAUCCAGUCAAAUUAAAUUUUGAUUACUUGCAUAUCGCGGGACCAGGAAACUUCAAAACGAAAGCAUCUCCAAAUUUUGGACAAAGAAUUUUUUGGCAAUCGAUAAAUUUCGAUGAAAAUUGGGAAAUAAUAAAGCAUCAUCUUGGAUAUCCUGCCUGGAAUAGUUCACCAGAUAUUUCUGUAAAUUGUAUAACACUUACCGUAAUGGGUAUAAUAGCACUAUACUUCGCAAAUAUAUGAAUGCCAUGGAAUCACAACGAUAAAUAUUAAUUUAACUUCCUUCGUUCAUUGUUUGUACUUAAAUCUUAUUUGUUAUCGAAUAAGUAUUCUAAAUGAAAUUAUGAUUAUUAUAGAGCAAAUAUUAUACAUUAUACUUAUUGAACUUUUUUAAUAAGCUUAUUUUAUAAUGCAUGUAAAAGAGUGAUUAUAUAAUCCUUUAACAUUUAUAGAUACAAAUUAUCAUCAUAUCAUUGAUAUAUACGUCUACGUAUCGUUCAGCAGUUAAAUAAUACAUGUAAAGUUUUGUAUUUUAACUAGGAACAUAUAAAAAAUACAUUUUAUAUUCGUCUAUACUCAUUAACUUUCUGUAAUUGGCACUAUAAUUUUAA